GGUGACUAUGAUGGGGCUUGAUGUAUCUGGUGCCUACAACUGCGUCGACCCUGCACUGCUCCUACAGAUGCUUGCAGACCUUGGAGUACCCAAAUCUUUCCUUGAGAUAAUGCACUCAUAUCUGUCCUUUCGGAUCGUUUACCUCAGGCUACCCCAGAGCACAUCAGAGGCAUUCUAUAUGCUUAUUGGCAUUCCGCAAGGCUCACCUCUCUCUCCGCUACUGUUUCUCAUCUUUACCGCACCUCUUCUCCAGAAAAUCAACGAAGAUAGAGAAAAGCUUGGCAAGGACCGCAUUACAGUCUUUUCCUUCUCCUACGUUGAUGGCACCUAUCUCCUCGCCGUCUCGAACUCUUACGAGAAGAACUGUAUGGGACUUAAGAUAUUCCAUGAUGAAAUCUUCAAAUGGGCUUCAUCCGUCGGCCUGACAUUCUCACCGCAAAAGUAUACCGUCAUGCAUUUCCGGGCUCCCAACGACCCCGACCCUCCUUGCAAGCUUCUUCCGGAUAUUGAUGGACUCAAGGACAACCCUGAAGCACUCCAGGAAGAAAAGCUGAAGGUCCUUGGAGUGGUCCUGGAUCCGGCUCUCACCUUUGCUCAUCACGUCUCCAACCUUGAGAAGAAGGUCAACAACACAUUACGGCAUUUCCGCGCACUUUCGGGACCGACUUGGGGUAUCCGACUGAACCAGGCGAGGAGGUUCUACAUGUCCAAGAUACGACCCAUCAUAUCGCACGCGUGCGCUGCCUGGUUUCUCCACUGCCCAGGUCGACGGAUACCAUGGUCCCUCAAGCCGAAGCAAAUUGGGAGACUUGAGAAACUACAGUACAAGUGUCUGCUGCUGAUCUCAGGGGCUAUUCGUGGUAGCUCUGGUACUACGGUUCUCAAGGACAUGAACAUGGAGGGCAUUCGCGAGUUUCUGUGCCGCAUGUCCAUGUCUUCACGAGCUAGGGAUCUCAAGGUUCGCAAGAAUGAUGUGUGGUUUGAGAAGUCAAUGAAAACGCCCAAGGACAAGAACUAUCACGUCACCGCGUAUCAGAUCCUUGACGAAGAAGCAUACCAGUUGACCGGUAGAUCGGCCAAGUAUUUCCGCAAACGCCAAAAAGGCACCGACGAAGCGGCAUUAAAAGGUUGGAAGAUUCCGGCCAAACGUAACGCCGCCGUCAAGAGCCAGACGAAGUGGGAAGCAGAAGCGAAGUGCGCUUCAGCCUGGAUCACCUACCGUCGCAAGAGAACUGCUCGAGUUCGCACUACACACCGUCCUGCAGCUAUCGAGGAGAGGCGAGGUCGGAUAAGCUUGAGCUACUACAAGGGCUUGACUCGUCCGCAAUCCACACUUGCACUACAGCUGCGCACCGAGCGCAUUCCGCUCAACGGAUUAGUGACUCAUGAUCUCCACCCCUCAGCUAUAAAACCCCGCUCGCCUGCCCCUCCAAAUCUUCAAGCUUUCAAUGCCAUCAUCUUCGACUUAACCCUUAAACAUCGUCGCCUACACCAUCAUGGCUUCGAAAACACUCACAAGCCUGCCUUCUGAGAUUCGUCAGCAAAUCUUCAGAGAGAGUCUGAAGGUAGAUGGGGGCUAUGUCUACGAUGUUCAGACUGAUAAACUGACGAAUGCCGACGGCACCGCGAUUGAUCUAUCCCUUCUUUAUACUUGUCGCUCGAUCGCGAACGACACUAGAGCGAUGCCGCUGGCAGUCAAUACUAUCCGGUUCUCGACUGUAUUUCGCCAAGACUGGUGUAACUUGGCUGGCUGCUUCACUCUUGCUGCUACCACUCACUACGUUCUGGAGCAAGACUUUGUGUUUCAUUUAGCCCAAUUCAUCACUCCUGAGAUGUUCGCCGAGGUCGAGUUAAUAUGCCCGGGCUUUCAGGAACAACUCAAGAUUGAGGUCGCCAAGCACAACGCAUGGAUACAUGACAACGAGAACCCUGAAUACAUUUUCCCGACUGACAGGUUGCGACCCGCCAUGUGCAGCAUGGUACGACAAUUUAUGAAAAGGGUCGACUUGCUCAACGUGAAUGCGCCGUCGGUGGGCUGCCUUGAGUUUCGUCUUCUGCACACUGAAGCCGAUGCAAACGUCAGAGGUAGCUUAGGGAAUCGAUGGCGAACGGAAUGGGCCCAAGGCGAACUGCGGGAGGCAACAAGGCAUUGUCUAAAACUCAUCUCCGAGGCGCAACCGGCUGAGUUUGCGACAUACGUAUACAAUUCACUCCCCCAUUGGAUUGGAAGUCGCCCUGCCGAAGACUUUAUCAACUUGAGAUUCAACCUGUGGGACAUCCCUUCUCAAAAGCGAGUGGCCCAGAUGCUGGAGUUGUUUGAGAUUGGGCCGUUUGUUUGGGAUCUUCCAGCUACCUGGUACUACACACCGCGUAGCUUCUACGAUCAAGUCGGCAAAGACGUUCCGCAAGAUCGACGUUCUCCUGAGUUCGAGAAACCGGACAAUUUAUUGGAGCACUUCACCACUCGAUGUCGGGAGAAGCUAAGGUUUUCUGCCACCGCUGGUGCAAUUCGCUUUCUUCAACGAAUUCCGACUAGCCAGCGGAAGCAGAUGAGACGGAUUGUAUUGCAUGAGGACUUGCCAUCGGUGAAUCUGCCUUCUCGCCAUUCCCAAGGGUUCAUUCCUUUUUUGAAAGAGAACCCCUUGCUUCGAGUCGAGCGCCGUGCCAACGUUUUUGGCUGCAUCGCAAGUCAGCGUCCCUACAACAUUAUCGCUCAUAUGGACAGUGAGGGGGAGGGGAGGAUGCUCUCACCGCCAGUGAUUGUGGACCGAGAGUUUGAGUCUAGUAUAUACCACUGGCUCCUUGAUGCUUUCGCGGUGGUGGAUUCAGGCAUUAACACCAACUGCUUCACUUUUGUUCUGGAAGCUGGGCAACACAGCGAUUACUGCUCUGAACUUUUCCAAAAGGUCAUCCAGACAGAGAUCUCCAAGUCGAAGGCUUGGAAGAUCUGCUUGGACACCGAGCUUUUGUCAUCUGUGAGACCAAGUACACGGGAGGAUAACACGACAAGAUAUGCAAAGGAUCCGAGGUUUGAGCAACUUGUUGAUCAAUUGGUGCACCAAACAUCGAUCUUCCGGUGCGACUUCAACCCCGGGGUAUCAUUAGAUGUAGACGAAUUGGUUGAGGAUGCCAAGUUACGGCACGGUGAGAAUAUUUUCGAUAAGUGGGUGAGCAAGUGGCUUUUUGAGACGAUUCCAUUGCCACAUGAUCUGUACCAUGAUGUAAUGGUGGCUCCCAACUGGGAGUUUCAGACCCGACAGGAGUAUAUUGAGUCAAAGUGACCGAAUACAGGCGCGGAAGAAUCGUAAGGGACUUGGAUAGAUAGACUGGGUAGGAAGGUACUGUAACUGGAAGGUGAUCUUGGAAUACUAUAGAUUGGCAUUAUGGGGCUUAGUAAAUUAAAAACAGUUAAAGUUGAAAUCGAUAUUAUACUAGGUUCUCUUUACU